CAGCAGCAGCUGGGUAGCCGAGGAAGCGACUUUGUUACAGCGGAGCUGCCGUGGAGAAAACGGCUCCAGAUAAACCGUAAAAAGUACCUGGGAAAGGGGCAAAACGACACGGUUCAACGUGUAUUGCUGUGGUUCGGUCGUGGCAGCUGUUUUAUUCAUUGACAUUAAAAAUCACCAUAAUUUCCUCGGCGAUUAAAGAGGGUUUUGCAAAGUUGCACCGAAGAGGAGUUCAGUGAGGAUGUCGGACUGAGACAAAGGGGUCUGGGGGGCAUUCCCGUCGGAGUGGUAAAACUUGAAUUUUCGCCUCUUCUGGAUGGGAAAGAUGGAGAGGGAGCUGCAAUGGUGGAAAGGACAGCUGGCUGCAGAUAUUCAUCAGUCCCUCCGCAUCAAGGAGCUGAAGUUACCUGUGUACCGGGCCCACUCUCCGCAGAUUGGCAUGCGGCGGUACUUCGCUGACCUGUUGGCCAUUCUGAGUAAUCGCUACCAGCUGUGCCCCACAGCGCGCCACCUUGCCGUGUACCUGCUCGACCUCUUUAUGGACCACUACGAUGUGGCAGUGAAGCAGCUCUAUGUCAUCGCCCUCUCCUGUCUGCUCCUGGCCAGUAAGUUUGAGGAGAAGGAGGACCGUGUGCCCAAACUAGAGCAGCUGAACUCUCUGGGCUUCAUGUGCAGCCUGAACCUGGUGCUCAACAAACGGGAUCUGAUCAAAAUGGAGCUGCUGCUGCUUGAGACGUUCGGCUGGAACCUGUGCAUGCCCACCCCGGCCCACUUCAUCGACUACUAUCUCCACGCUGCAGUGCAGGAGGGAGACCUGUAUAACGGCUGGCCCCUCUCCUCCUUCUCCAAGACCAAGGCCUUUAUGGACAAGUACACACACUACUUCCUGGAAGUCUCACUGCAGGACCAUGCCUUCCUGAGUUUCCGUCCGUCUCAGGUUGCUGCUGCCUGCAUUGCUGCAUCUCGUAUUUGUCUUCAGAUCAGCCCGAGCUGGACCACAGCUCUGCACCUCCUCACGGGCUACACCUGGGACCACCUCACUCAGUGCAUCGAGCUCAUGCUGCUAGCCCAUGACAACGAUGUAAAGGAGGCCAAUAAAAGCAAGUCCACACCUCCCCACAGGCCGUCGUCGCUGCAGCCUCAGUCGUCCUCUCAUCUGUCGCCUGUGUCUGCUGUUCAGAGACCCUCCUCCUCAUCCACUGUCUCAACUCCACAGCUGCUUUUUCAGCCUGAUGCCUUCCCACAUAUUUCACAGCAUUCCCCCUCACUGUCGCAGUUGCAGGCCCUGACUCCUGUGGUCAGUGUUUCUCAGGACUUCCUCCAAAACCACAGAAUGGGUCUGUUAACAGCCGCUCCAGUGGUGCCCCCCUCGCCCGCCUUUCCUUCAUUCUCCGCCCUGAGCUCAGGUCUUCAGGCCAGCUCCAGGGGCCUCCCUCUGCAGGGGCCCCUCUCCAUGCAGAUGGCCCUGGCUACAGAGCCACGACACUGUCUGAGCAUGGCCUAUAGUGGAGGGUACCUGGGAGCCCACCACACAUUCACAGCAGGCUGCUUCGACAGGUGACGCCAGGAGACGGAGAGGGAGUGCACCGCCAUGCUUCCGUCCCAAGUUCCAGCCAAAAAUCCUUUUCCAGAACUCCUCUCUCUCUCCGUCAGCAGUUCUGCACCUUCAGCCCCCGCGCCCUCCUCUAUGUCCCAGAGACGUCUCAAACGUAAACAAAGGGCCAAAGGCAAAACUGAUCCAGUGGAAGUCAUCACUCUGACGUGACUGUGGCUCCACUGUGGGAAUGAAACUCACUGUAAAGGCCAUAUCUCACUGUUUGUCAAUCUGCCAUCACUGUGAAUGAGAUGAACUCUGACUAACCCUCCUCAUUCAGUGCCUCACUCAGUUUGUGAAACUGAGUUCAUUUUACUCCAGGAAAUCUUUCAGCAUGUUUUGCUGCUGUUUUUAUUUUCUCACCUGCAAAAUUUUUUUGAGACAAAAAAUAGAGCUAUUCAGAGCAGUUUGAAAUUGAACUAGUUACUUGUGACUGUAAUCGACCUAAUGGCGAUUGAGGUUAUUGAUCACACCUGAUCAGUCCCACAAGAGGGAUCAUUCAUAUGUUUCUUCCCUCUUCUAAAGUUUUACUUUCCAAAGUUAAACUGAGAAUUUGGUGUUUCUAAAUUCACAGCUUUUGUGAUCCCAAUGUCUUCAGCUUAGUUCAAAGAUUUGAAGCUACUUGGAUGUGACUGGACCCCUCAGUGAAGAAGACUUGUGUUUAAUUGUGUGUUGUACAGAUGAAUUGCUGCUGCCUUUUAUGAACUGUUGGUUCUGUCUGUGUUGAUGAUGUUUACAUGAACCACUAAGUAUCAGGGACUAAAAUACGAUUACUUGAAUACGAUGCCAUUGAACCACACCAUAGCUUUUAUUUAUAACGUCUGACUUCUCUUUUUUUAUUUAGUGUAGAUUUUAUACCACGUGGAACACCCCAGUUUCACUAGUUUGUUUUGUUUGUACCUCUGUAUUUUCCAGCUCAGGUUAUAAGGGUAAAAACCUUUCUAUUACUCGCUGUUAUGCUUUAAGAGGAUGCUAUUAUAAUGCAUCUUUGGGGGCUCUCGGCUCCCCCUUUUCAUCACUGGACCAUUACACCUGCUACUGACUGACAACAAAUAGAUACUGUAGGAGUUCCUUUACUGAUGCUAAUUUCAUUGGUUUAGUCUUUUUGGACACUGGACAUCUCUGCAUCAGUGCCUUUCCCAAUAACACCAGCUCAUAAGAUAUACUAAAUAGUUACUGAUAAGCACAUUCAUGAAUGCUAUUGUACAGUUGAGUUUUUACAUUCCUUUCCCCCAUUUUUAGUUGUUUAAAAGUGCAUUGUGUAAGUUUUGUGGUUGAGGGCCGUCACAUUCUUUUAUCCAUGAAGAUGUUUUUGCUUGGUCUGGUUUGGUCUCCAUGAAGAUAGAAAUGUUUAAUACCAUACUGUGAAAUAUUCCAGACUAAGUUACAGGUCAGAUCUGUGGAAAGGCAACCCUGCUCACAGUCAGCAUCCCUGUUUUUUCUAGGUAUUUUUGAGCUAUUAAAUCAUCUAUAAUGUAAUAAAUGUUAGGUAGAGCUGUUUAAUGUCAUACUGUGGAACAUUCCAAGCAGAGCGGUGACAUAUCCAUAGAAACAAGCAGGUGACAGACCCUUAACCAAAAAGUUACAUAGUGUACCUUUUAUAUAACUGGAUUUUUGUUACUCUGAACUCAUGGACAAAUUCUCAUUGAGGUGUCAAAAGUGCAAUAGAUAAUGUUCUGUUAAAACUGCCAUCACAGUUUGGUGCACACCUCUGGUUCAAAUUUUUAAGUUAUUUCUUAAUGUGUGAUUUGACUUGCUGUUGCCUGGGCUACUGUUGCUGGUGAUUAUGUUGCAUAUUGUAGCCACCUCCAGUGAUAGACAAACUCAAUGAUUUUAUCUCUAGCUAGUUUCGCAUUUUGUUCUCAACACAACACUGGCAAUAGUAAUGCAUAAAACAUGAAUAUUCAGCUUAUAUUUUUAUAUCCUUUUGUAACAAACUGUAGUGUUGGUUUAAAUGACACUGGUUGAUAAAAAGAUCAUUAUCAGAUGUGCCAUGAAAAAAUAAACACACAUUUGAACCAAA